AUGGACGCCUACUCCUACUCCCAACCAACAAGCCCCAGCUACUUCCAGUCGCUCCCCCUCAUCAUGCCAUUGGACCCCGACAGCGAGGCGCCAUUGUAUUUCCGAGACCGAUUAAACAACAUGAGCGGUUAUCAAGACUUUGACCUGUUUUCCGCUGCUUAUCCAGACAACGCCCACGCCACCACCACCACCACCACCAACCACGCCAUCCAGCCACUCAUGCACAUCGAGACAAACUUUGGCAAGAUGCCACAACCAACCAGUGCCUCGCAAAUGCUCAACCAGAGCCCCACUUUCCCGAGCGCGAGCUCUUCUCCUGUCACGCCCACACUCCUCUCCGACUGUGACUCUCAGCAUGAGAGUGACGGCUCGCAAUCAUACUCUGCUGACCCGACAAUGCCCAAGCAUACCACUCAAAGUGUCAAGCGCCGAAUGCAAAACCGCCAAGCGCAGCGGCGAUUCCGCGAGCGCAAGGAAGAGCGCCAGCAGUCCCUUGAGCAAAAGGCCGUCAACCUCGAGAAGCAGCACAAGGAGCUUUCCGAGGAAUUCCGCCACAAGUGUGACGAAGCCUCGCAGCUGCUCCGCGAAAAGGAGAGCCUGAAGGGUGAAAUCGAAGACCUCCGCAAGCGAUGGCGCCUCAUGGUUGGCCUCCUGCAACGACCAAACGGCGCCCAGUCUCUCGCGACCCUGCUCGCUGGCGACUCUCUCGGACUCUCUUCUGGCUCUGGCUCAGUCACCCCCGAGUCAGCACCUGCUGCCACUGCUGCUGCCCCAUUGGACGAAUUGCUAGGCUGCCUGCACGCUCUCGUCGUCCCGGCACAGUCAACAACAACGCCCCAUAACCCUUCGCAGCGAUGA